AUGGCCGAUCCUAAGAACCUAUGGUAUGAUAUCCUGGACAUCAUAUUCGGGUGUCGCACUUACCACCGUAGCACUUCUCAGAACGCAGCUGACUCUAUCUGUCUAGAUGUCGCUCCACGGAGACAAGAAGCUUACGACCAUUUGUUAUCCUCUUCCCCCAAUGGCGCCGACUUCCUCUUUGGCGAACGGUUUACCAAAUGUCUGAGCAGCAUGAACGAAAUGAACCAGAUCACAACUUUGUAUAAAAUCACGCCAGCACGCGGCGUCGAAGAGUUUCGUCGCUUCAUCUCCCUCAAGAUAUUUACCUCUGAUAGCGAUGCGAGGAUCCUCAGUCCAACUUCUGCAAUGGAUACGCUUUGGCACGCCGCAAUCUUGGACACGUACUUCUACGCCGAACUCCAAACUGCACUCGGAUGUCUGCUACAUCAUCGGCCCUUCAAAAGCAGUAAAGAAGAGAUUGAUGCUAGAGCCACAAGACUGAGGGCGAUGAAAUCAUUGUACAAAGCGUUCUUUUUGGAAGAACCUUUGGAAUACGAAGAACCCAAAGCCGAACUCGCCUCAGUAAAACUUAAGCAAACCACAGUCAGUAUCAAAGUUGUUUCCUUGAAUGGAACUUCCGAAAACUUCACUAUACAACCGUGGGCUUCCUUGGAAUUUCUAAAGAAGGCUGUCGCGACCAGAUUAGGAACGGAGCCGGAUCGGAUUCGGUUGUUUUACAUAGGUAGGCAGUUUUUCUCGUCCCCAAAUCUAGGACCUUGGGAAGAAGGACAGUUGAUCCAUUGCGUUCCAGAAAUCAGAGGGUGCUAG